AUGAGGACGUUCACGGGCGACGAGGUGCGCUCCACGUUUAUCAAUUUUUUCAAGGAUCGUGAGCACACCUAUGUGCACUCCUCAUCGGUCAUUCCGUUCGAUGAUCCCACGCUCCUCUUCGCCAAUGCUGGCAUGAAUCAGUACAAACCCAUAUUUUUGGGUACAGUGGAGCCAUCCAGUGAAAUGGCAAAGCUGAAACGAGCUGUGAAUACCCAGAAGUGCAUCCGUGCUGGCGGUAAACAUAACGAUCUGGAUGAUGUUGGCAAAGAUCUCGAAGUGUGCAACUGGGCUUGGGAGCUGCUAACAAAAGUCCUGGGAAUACCAGCCGAUCGUCUGUACGUAUCAUAUUUUGGCGGCGAUGAAAGCGCUGGCCUUCCAGCCGAUGAUGAGUGCAGGCAAAUAUGGCUUAAUAUCGGAUUACCAUCAUCACGCAUUCUGCCAUUUGGCAUGAAAGAUAAUUUCUGGGAAAUGGGUGACGUGGGACCGUGUGGCCCGUGCUCCGAGAUACACUAUGAUCGUAUUGGUGGUGGCCGAGAUGCGUCACAUCUGGUGAAUGCCGAUGAUCCGAUGGUUGUCGAAAUUUGGAAUCUCGUCUUCAUGCAGUUCAACCGGGAAGAAGGUGGCGUAUUAAAACCACUGCCAAAGAAACACAUCGAUUGUGGUCUUGGACUGGAACGACUUGUUGCUGUUAUGCAAAAUAAAACCUCAAAUUAUGAUACUGAUCUCUUCACGCCCAUCUUUGAAGCCAUUCAGAAUGGGACAAAAGUACGGGCAUACACGGGAAAAGUAGGCGCAGAAGAUGUUGAUGGCAUUGAUAUGGCUUAUCGAGUAGUGGCUGAUCACAUUCGCACACUCUGUAUUGCUCUUUCUGAUGGUGGACGACCAGACACUCCGCCGGGUUUCUUCGCCUCGUUGGGUAAAACAUUUCCUGAAUUGUACAAGGACCCGCAAACUGUUAUGGAUAUCAUCAAUGAUGAGGAGAAGCAGUUCCUGAAGACGCUGAAUAGAGGACGAGCACUCUUCCAGAAGGCGGUUGCUGGACUCCAAGGACGCAAUAAAUUUCCCGGCGAUGUUGCAUGGCGUUUAUACGAUACGUACGGAUUCCCGUUGGAUUUAACGCAACUUAUGGCAGAAGAAAGAGGCCUCGUUGUUGACCUAGAAGAAUUUGAUAAGUGCAGACAGGAAGCAGUUGAAAUAUCGGCAGCAAAUGUUAAUAAGGUGCGAAAUACGAUUGAUCUGGACGUUAACGCAAUCUCAGAACUGAAAUCUCGAGGAAUACCGACAACCGAUGAGUCACCAAAAUAUAGAUAUCAUGCAUUACCAGCCAAUGGUGAACAAAUAAUGUACAGUUUUGAAAAAUGUGAAGGUACGAUCGUUGCUUUGCGAAAAGACAAAAUGUUCGUGGAUACUCUUGUUUCGGGAGAUAUUGGCGCUCUGAUCCUUGACAAAACGAAUUUUUAUGCAGAACAAGGCGGGCAGAUCUUUGACACGGGAGUUUUGACGAAGAUUGGCGACGAAGCAAGCGAAUUUAUUGUUAGCAACGUUCAAAUGCGCGGUGGAUAUGUUGUGCUUGUUGGAGCGGUGGAAGGUAAAUUAUCUGUCGGUGAUAAAGUGCUCCAAGUUAUUGAUGAGGAGCGUCGUAAUCUGAUUAUGAAAAAUCAUACGGGUACACAUGUCCUCAAUUUUGCGCUGAGAAAAGUGAUUGCUGAAGUGGAGCAAAAAGGCUCACUGGUGGCGCCUGAUCGGCUUCGAUUCGAUUUUACAUCGAAACAAGCUCUGACUUCCAAGCAGAUAAAAAUGGCGGAAGAGGAAUCCCAGAAAUUAAUAGAUACGAAUUAUCCGGUCUAUGCUCAAAAUGCGAAGCUUGCGGAAGCUCGUCAGAUCAAUGGACUGCGAGCAGUCUUCGAAGAGGCUUAUCCGGAUCCUGUUCGGAUAGUAAGUGUGGGUGUACCAGUGGAAGAAUUAUUGAAAAACAAGGAGGGCGAUCUGGCUCUCAACACCGCUGUAGAAUUUUGUGGUGGAACGUAUGUUUAUCGAUCUUUUUUUUUUUUAAUUAGACGUGAAGACAAAACUUAA